AUGUUCCCGGUCUCGCCGCACUGCCGCUGUAGGAAGAGGGACUUGGUGACAAGCGUAAGAGGUUCUGCGGUGUACAGGCGUUGCACCGGUACAUGUUUGUCGUACCUGCCGAGGCCGUUGCGCCGCCGCGAUUCCGUCAGAGACCAGCUGGGGUCCAACUCGCCUACAUCGCAGCCACGAGCGCUGUGUCCGUGCAAUGCUGGGACGACGCUAGGGGGAGUCACAUCGCCUCUUUACUCGUACGACCACGUGACAGCUACAAGCCCGGCACCCGUAGCAAGGUCGCUGCCCCGUAACGUGUGUUAUCAGACGCCCUGUCCCGCUGCACCGUGUGCCCAGCACUGUCGGCGACGCACCUCGGAGAAAGCUGUCGCGCCACAGGCCGCUCCACAAGUUCGUACACCCUCUGUCGACACUCCCACGCGGCCCAGGCGGGAAGCAACACUCACCAGCAGCAACGCAGAGGUCUCCCACUGCAGGAAGUUGCAGACUGUCUGGCUGAAGUGUGCUGAUGAUUACGCCUGCUGUGACGGUUGCUGCCUCUCAGGAGUAUGUGAGUACACAAGGGCACCUUGCUACAUUGAUCGAGAUGAUAUGUGUCUGAGUCAUUACUGUCCUGGUGGUUUCGAGUGCUACCUGUACCAACCACAUGUAUCAGUGGCACCAUAUCCAGAUUGUCGACCAGUUAAAAACUAAAGAAAGUUUGAUAGAAUGUUGAUCUGCAGUGAGUUUCUUGAAUGUGUUUCAACAAUGAUAUCAGAUAAUUCACUUUUAAAAAGUGAUUCAAAUUCAAUAAACAUUACUCAUAUCAUAAGAUGUCAUUUUUAAAUAAAUCACUUCUCGUGCAAUCAAUUGACUGUAACAACAGUUAGUGCCAUUAAGAAGGUAAAAAAUGGAAAAUAUUGAACAGAUACUAAACAUGUACAAUCUACCUCCAAGGAAUAUAAGCAGAAAAAUAGUGAUUAAUGCUUAAGUGGUAAAUAGUACUUUUGCUUAUCCUGUGUGGAUGAAGAACCUGUGAGAACGAAACCCUAUGAUAUAAUAAAUGUUAUUUCCGCA